UGAGCAGAUGCAGGAUGGAGCGAGAAGGCGGCCUCUUUUUCCGCGGUUUCCAGAACCGCUCCCACGGGAAGAUAAAGCUUCGGAAAAGAAAGUCGACCUUGUACCUCAGCCCCCAGGAACGCACCGGGAGCUGCCGAGAGUAAGAGGAAGGAAGGAAAGAACAACAAGCUUUUUUGACAACAGACACAGUCCAAUUGGGAAAUUUGUUUCUGGAAGAUGAAAGUUCAGAAGGGGCGUGUAUGUGGUGUUGAGUGUACCAGUUGUCUGGGAAACAUUUUAAAGGUGUUCCUGGGGAAUAAGGAAGGAGAGUGGCGGGAACCCAGAUUGAAAGCAGAGACUCCCAGUGGAUCAGAGGCAGGUUGCAAACUCAAGUCUUCAGGAGGCCCAACAGGCAAGUAACUCAAAGCACUCUACAUUUCAGGACCAGCCCAUUGUUCCCAGUUGAGCUCUGUGUUGCCAGAUCUUAAAGACAGGCUGCAAUACUGAUGUUAAUUAAAAAUCUGAUCUUCAAAGUUUGGCAACUAAAUUCACAUUUUAGAAAAACUCUGUAUUCAGUCCACAGGCUAAGAGCAGGGCUUUGGAGUCGGAACACAGAUCUGAUUUUGAAUCGUGUUUAGUCAUUUAAACCUUUUUGACCUGAGAAGGCAGUUUAAUUUCUAAGCCUCAAUUUUCUCAUGUGUAAAAGAGGGCUAAUGAAACCUACCCCAUAGCAUUAUUCUGAGGAUUAAAUAAUAUAGUGCAAGUAAAGGAAUGAACUCAGUGUUUAGCAUUUUAAGUAUCAGUAAGGCUAUUUUUUAAAUGUAGAGAGGACCUUUUCACAUGCCAGUAUAUGCACGUAUGCAAAGUGUUGCUUCUUUAAUAAGUUGUUAACUUUUUUUCAUGGGACACACAUAGGAUAACCUAUAAAACAGCCUAAGAUCUUAGUUAACCCAAUCUCUUUAUCUUAAUAUUCUCUAUAUUGUAAGUUGCAAGAAAGAUCUGUUAAAUGAAGGACUGGUAAUCACCCAGGGGUGAGACUCUGGCCUUUGUCUGACUUUCCGCCCAGGUCUGCUCUAAGAGUAAUGUGGAGGGGCUAGAGUUCAUACCUGUGCCUUAACAGAGCUUGAGCAAGGAGCCAACCAGAGCAGCAGAUUUUAGUUCCCCAGUGGAACUUGCCUUUGUGUGCUACAAUUACCUGGCUUGUUUUUUUCAGAUCUUCUUGGCGAAAACAUUUAUCUGGUCUUGUUUACCAUAGCAUUACGAAUAUGUAACUGCUUUUUAGUCCAGACAAGUUUUGUUCCAGAUGAAUACUGGCAAUCUCUUGAAGUUGCACAUCACAUGGUUUUCAAUUAUGGCUAUUUGACCUGGGAAUGGACAGAAAGAUUGAGGGGUUACACUUACCCAUUAAUCUUUGCAAGCAUUUACAAGAUUCUGCAUCUUUUGGGGAAAGAUAGUGUUCAGUUGCUGAUUUGGAUUCCUAGACUUUCCCAAGCACUUCUGUCAGCUAUAGCAGACUUGAGGCUUUACUCACUAAUGAAGCAACUAGAAAAUCAGCAAGUGGCAAGAUGGGUGUUUUUUUGCCAGUUAUGCUCUUGGUUCACGUGGUAUUGCUGUACCAGAACCCUUACAAACACCAUGGAAACUGUUCUCACUAUAAUUGCUCUUUUCUACUAUCCUUUGGAAGGGUCAAAGUCUAUGAACAGUGUCAAGUACUCAUCCUUGGUGGCACUUGCCGUCAUAAUUCGUCCCACGGCUGUUAUCCCCUGGAUACCUUUGCUGUUCAGACAUUUCUGGCAAGAACAGAAAAAACUUGAUCUUAUUCUACAUAAGUUUUUACCUGUAGGAUUUGUCACUUUGAGUCUGUCUCUGAUAAUUGAUCGUAUUUUUUUUGGUCAAUGGACUCUGGUUCAAUAUAAUUUUCUGAAAUUUAACGUGCUACAGAACUUGGGAUCAUUUUAUGGUUCUCAUCCAUGGCACUGGUACUUCAGUCAAGGAUUUCCAGCUGUCCUGGGUACUCACUUACCCUUCUUUAUUCAUGGCUGCUUUCUAACUCCAAAGAGGUACAGAAUAUUUUUGGUGACUGUGCUGUGGACACUGCUGGUUUAUAGCAUGUUGAGCCACAAAGAAUUCAGGUUUAUCUAUCCGGUUUUACCAUUUUGUAUGGUGUUCUGUGGAUACUCACUAAACAGCCUGAAGACAUGGAAGAAAGCAGCUCUAAGUUUCCUGUUUUUAUCAAAUACACUUCUUGCCCUCUAUACUGGUUUAGUUCAUCAACGAGGUACUCUUGAUGUCAUGACUAAUAUUCAAGAACUCUGUUACAACAAUCCAAAUAUAUCUAAAGCUUCAGUAUUUAUGAUGAUGCCUUGCCACUCUACUCCUUAUUAUAGCCAUGUCCACUACCCACUUCCAAUGAGAUUUCUCCAAUGUCCCCCAGACCUGACUGGAAAAAGUGAUUAUCUUGUUGAAGCAGAUAUAUUUUAUCUAAAUCCCUUAAAGUGGCUGUAUAGAGAGUUUCACAAUGAUUCAACACUGCCUACUCACUUGAUCAUCUUCAAUGUUUUGGAGAAGGAAAUAAGUCCUUUCCUAAUUUCACACAACUACGAACGAACUGCUGUUUUCUUCCACACUCACUUUCCGGAGCAUUGGACUGGAAAUCACAUAUACGUCUACGAACGGAAGUUAAAAGGGAAACUCAACCAAAGAUGAAAUUCUGGACUGUGUUUAGAUCUUUCUCAGAGAAAUAAACACUGCUGAGCGGAAAUAUUCAGAUGCUGCUUAACCAUGCUAGUAAAUACUGGGUAAUAUCCAUGGAACUAGCGAAAAACCACUAUAAACUGCUUUACCAAAUAUCACUACUGAGGAAAUGUUUGAAAAAAAUCACAAAAUAUAAAAUCAUAUAUUAAUACAAUGCUAGAUAUUUUAAAUAAAGACCUUUAGUUU